AUGUCCAGUUUGCAAAGAAAGAUUGUCGUUCCUCUUCUAGGUGAUAAUAAGCUAUUGACAAUAUUGAAGAACUCAUCAUCAUCAUCAUCAUUAUUCAACAAUAAAUUUGUUCAUGACCCGAGCCUAACAAAGCAUGUGAGAGCAUCUGAAGAUGAAAACUCGAUCCCAGCUGGAACAGCAAAAGAAUUGCUUAAGGCUUUUCAUGCAAAUGCGCAUGUGGACUUUGCAUCAUCAUCCAACCAGCUCUUAGGUCAUGGUUUGCCACCAUUGGCUGAUCUUGGUGCGAGAAGAAACCCGAGACCAAGAAAGCCUGUGCCUGUGAAAGCAUAUUAUAGAGAUGAGAACAUUUCAAGAUUCAGAUUACCAAAAACCGAAGAAAGACCUGAAUGGUUUUGGAUGAUCAUGGCUUGUGUACCUUAUUUGAUAUCCCUAAAAAUGUCUGAAAUUGGUUUUUACAUGAAACCUUUCCUUCAGCAGCACGGCGGCGCCCUUGGAGAAACGAUCAUAAAAUUGAUCCCAGGAGCAGCUAAAAACUUGCAAUACAAUUUCUUCAUGGUGUAUUGCGUCUUAGGGUUCGCGUGGGUGGUGAAGAACAGAAACUUGCCAUACUACUUUAGGUAUCAUAUGAUUAUGGGAAUUCUUGUGGAAACAGCAAUGCAGAUCAUAUGGCGCACGAGCGAGUUCUCCCCGUUGAUCAACUUCAAUGGACGGUUGGCCAUACGUUAUCAUAUGGUGGUAGGGUUUAGCUUCCUUUGUGUUCUUCUUGAGUGUUUGCGAUGCGCAUUGGCUGGAGCCUAUCCUCAGAUUCCAAUCCUUAGUGAUGCUGCUUACAUUACAUCCACACGCGGUUAA